AUGUUGAAGUCAGCGUUACUAGCUUCAGGUGUUAUACAAGCUGUGCUGGCAUGUUCAACGCCAGCACCCCAGGCUAUCGGACCUUCACAGGACAUAAACCCUACCUAUAACCCCAUACCCGAGUUCGCCGUUGGACCUCCUCUCAACAGCGAUGGAUAUCGCGUUGAAGAUUUCGGCAAAGGAGCAUACAUGAUCACCAAUGGCUAUUACCAAGCAAUGGCCUUGGUGUCUACAAAGGGUGUUAUUAUGAUCGAUGCGCCACCAUCUAUUGGGCAGAACUUGCUUUAUGCCGUUGGCAAUAUUACUCAUCUGCCCAUAACGCAUCAGGUCUAUAGCCAUUCUCAUACCGAUCACAACGGCGCCUCAUUUUUGUACGGCAAUGUUACUCGAAUUGGACAUCGCUUAACACGAGAAUACCUCGUUUUAGCGAAUGAUCCUUAUCGCCCACUGCCCGAUAAAACAUUUUCGGAUUCAAUGACUUUGACUGUUGGCAAUCAGACCCUUCAGCUCAGAAAUAGAGGCCCUAACCAUUCGCUCGAUAAUACAUACAUAUACGCCCCAGCGCAGAAAGUGCUGGUGCUCAUUGAUAUCAUCUUUCCAAAAUGGACGCCGUACCUCUUCUUGGGAAAGACAGAGGAUACACCCGGUUAUAUACAAGCACAUAAAUAUGCUCUAGAAUAUGAUUUUAAGCAUUUAGUCGCUGGCCACUUAACUUUAUCUGGCACCAGACAAGACGUUGAAGAUAGUUACGGUUAUGUAUCUGAUCUUUACAAUAAUUGUCGCGAUGCCUAUCUGCUAGGAAUUUCCCCCGCGAAUUCGACAAACAACCUAACAGCGUCUACUCUUCAAGCUGAGGCACUCACCGCCAAUCCUAACAACCCAUAUGCCACACUUUCGAUAGUUAUGAAUGCAUUUUCCAAUUACUGUAACGAGAUAACCAAUAGGAAAUGGGCCAAAAAGCUGGCGGGGACAGAUAUGUAUGGAUGGAGUCAUGCAUAUACAAUCGUUGAGGCGCUAAGGAUUGAGUUUGAUGUUCCUGGACCAUAUGCACCGGCUACUAACUAG